CACUAAUUUCGCACGAAAGAAUAUAAUCACGCGCCCUUAACAAGACGCUGGAUAAUCUUCUCACAUACAGUUCCAAGAUACGCACGUGGCUUUAGACUCGCCCUCAAAAGCCAAUUUCAUUACAGAUAAUGGAUUCGUGAGUCACAUGAUUGAAUCUGAUUUGAUCAAGAUGGCCAAACACUCAUUAUAAGUCAGAUCAAUUUCCCUGUAGCACCGCGAGGAGGAAGACGAAAUUUCGUUUGAGCAAGAUGCUUCUCCCCUCCCAGUCUCUCAAACGGGUUCAGAUUCAUGGCAGGAGUAUACAAUGGAGAAUCCCAGGAACCCAAAUAUUCGCCUGGAAAAGCAACCCCUUUUCGAUGCCAUUGAAAACGCCAUUGCGUUCUUAUUCUCCGACUUCGACACCGUCAGUGCCCUCGGCUAUAGCGCGCAUACCAAAGCUAAGGAUAAAAACUCCUGAAUACCAACAUAACGAAAUGACGCUCAGAGUGGGUGAUUGCGUGGAAUUGACUGAUAGGAGGUUUUUGAUAAUUGUUUAUUUUGAGCCUGUGAGACAAUUCGGAUGUUUCGUUUAUCGAUAUAUGUUGCAGCAGACUAGUCAAUUAGAAGGGACCUUGACUGUACGGAGAAACGAGCUGUUCUAUGAUCUGGAACUGGAUACUAAUACAGGUUUGCUAUUUUACGCAAAGGCAAAAGUGGAUUUUGUGCAGGCAGUUCGAACUCUGGUAAGUACAAAUCAAACAAAUCCCGCAACGAAGAACGCAGGAAAGGACGAUAUAUAUGUUGCCCGAUGGGAGCGAAUUAUUGAAAAAGACAAUCCUCAGGACAUUGAGAACAAUCGAAAUACGUUGACAAUAUUCCAACCUGUGUCAAAAGACCUGUGUUCUCCAGGGGGCUGAGUCAGUAGAGUGGGGAAACGACUUGAGCCGAAUAUUAAGUCCCUUUUGGGGCAAGCUAGCAAUCCAAUGUACAAAAGAAAUAGUAGGUCUUGCUAUACUUGCAACUUCUGAGGGCUAACGAUCUCAGAGAACACCCCGAAUAUCACGAACAAUUGUUUGAAGGUGAAAUACAGUUAUGGUGAUUUUUGCAAGUGUCUCCUGCCCAAUAUCAGCACCAGAGACCAAGCUGACUGCAGCUAGUCUGUGGAGCGGGGGGCGCCACUCUUGGGGCCCAUAAAGCUGGGUUCGAUAUCAAAUGUGGUAUGGAUAAGGACUCAAAUGCCGCCCAAACCUGGGAGAAAAACUUCCCACAAGCAACCCAUUACAGGGAAGCGGCGGAAGACUUCGUCGCCAACAAAACGCGAGAUUAUCACGUUGACGUCUUACAUAUGUCUCCGCCUUGCCAGUAAGUCUCCAGAAGUAACGUGAAACCUGCAGCAAGAAGGGAUAACGAAGACAUGAAUACUUUACGUAAUGCUGGGAACAUACUUGAUGUGGCAACACCAAGGAUCGCAGUUAUGGAACAGGUACCCGGGUUUCAUGAACACAGAAACAGAAAAAACGGCAUCAAGAUAUUUCAGGAAGUCUUGAACCACUUUACACGACGGGGGUAUUCGAUCACUUGGCAAGUCUUGGACGGUGCCAACUAUGGUCUACCUGCAUCCCGCCGGAUAUUUAUUUUGAUGGCUGCUGCGUAAGUUAUAAAGAGUCAUGGCAGACUUUGAUUAUUAACCAAGAUAGACCCGGUGAAAUGCUCCCCGAUUUUCCCAAGCCGACGCAUUCUGGCUUUUCAGGAUCAAAGUAUGAUGGACUUCUGCCUUUUGCUACGGAAGCUGAAAUUCUGGACUCAAUCGCAGCAGACGCACCCAACCACGAUUUGGCGCGAGCUAGGGAUAAUCUGACAUUGGAACCAGAACCUCGGGACCCCAAGGAGCUGAUGCAAUGCAUUAUGACCGAUGGUGGGAAGAGCAAAUACUUUUAUGAUGGGUCGCGGAAAAUGACGGAUCGCGAAUUGGCUGCCUGUCAAAGUUUUCCAAAUAAUUACGAGCUUUUUGGUAAAACCACCUCAGUCAGGACCCAAAUUGGAAACGCAGUUGCACCAAUCUUUGCGGAAGCCAUAUACGGUCGUGUGAGAAAAAGCUUGGAGGACUUUGAUGCGUUGAAUGCGAAAUAUAACUCCAAAUCCGAAGAAGACAAGAACGAUGUGGAGAUGGGAAACGAUAGAGUCCUGGGUUUGAUGAAGAACCUGAGUCUGGCGACUUCCGAGUUGGACGAUGACUCGAAGAAGAUAAACGUCAAGGUCCGUAUCUAAUGACGAUCAAGAAGGAGGAUUCUAUGAGCGUGAAUCAAUUGCGGAAAGGCUGAAUUCUUUCAACAUUUGAAUCUUACUCUUAGGGUUGAAGUUUGGGGAAGAUAUGUAUGUG